UCGAUGAUGUUAGAUACCUUGGAUAAAAUGAAUAAGUUAUUAGGGUCAAAAUAUCGUUUAAGUGGAAAAGGUUUAUACGUGCAAAAUGAAAAUCCAACCCUUCUGGCGAUCGAGGAUCUCGUGCCUCUCGGCUUUCGCAUGGUCGACCUGUCUGGUCUCGACUUAGCUCAUUCCAUAUUGGCACUUCGCGGAGUAGCCAGGUUUCAUGCAGCCUCAGUAGCCAUAUGUGAAAAGGAACCCAAGCAAAAGGAGAUGUAUACGAGAGGAUUAUUUAACAAUGAGAAUCCAUUAGAAGAAAAAAAUUUUUUUAUUGAGGGUACUAAAGCUUUAUCAGAGGAAAUUAUAAACUGGCCAGAAGUAAAAAAAUAUUCGGAAAAGAUUGCUAAGCUCUCCGAUCACAUGUAUCAAAUAGCAGUAGAUGCAACCAAGCUCUCUGAGAAUGAAUUUAAUGUUAUUAAUCACGGCGAUCUUCACUUGAAAAAUAUGCUGUUUAAAUAUGACAAUCCUAAUGAUGGCAGUCCUACUGAUCAGAUUUUUGUGGACUUUCAAUCAUCCGUCUACACUUCACCAGCACUCGAUCUUCUAUAUUUUCUCCAUUCAAGUGUUUCCUUUGAUGUGAUUGAAAACGAGAGAGAUGUUUUAUUAAACGAAUACCUUGACACCUUGUCAACGACUAUGAAACAAUUGAACUGCAAGACGCAACCGCCCACAAUGAAGGAAUUAAAGGAUACCAUAAAGCGAAGAGCUAGUUUUGAAAUGGUAUCAUCUUUCACGGUUUUACCGUUAAUGCUGUGCCCUAAGACUGAAGCGAAAGAUUUUGAUGAGAUGAUGACCACUGGUACUUGGAUUAAUCCAGGCUUAAAAAGCAAAGAUUUUAAAAAAUUUAUGAUAAAGAAUAUUCCACUGUAU